GUGCAUGCAAACCGCGUGCUACAGAGACACCCACACACAAAAUGGAAAACGGCUUUCAAACCCCAUUACUCCUCACCUCCUUUCUCACCUCACCCAUCACACAAUUCUCAACACUUCCAUAACUUAUAUUACUUCUCUGCUUCUUCUUCUUCUUCACCUUCACUAUCCCCAUCAGGUCUCCCUCUCUCCUCUUUCUUGCCUUUCCAACCUCUUCAAGUCUUUAACUUUAGCUUAAAUUCCUAAAUUUAAGUUACAAAUUCUGUUCUGGUUUCAAUGAUUGCGUUGAAUUGCUUUUGGGUUUUGUUAUUUGAAGAUAAUAUGCUCAUCGGAUUUUUUUACUAGUUAGUUAUAAAGAAAUCCGAGGAAACAGAGCUGUGAAAGUUGAUUGAGCUGAAGAGAUAUAUACAAUAUACUACAUUCUUUAUAUUAGUUUAUUAUGGAGGACGAAAAUGGUCUUGAUCUGAGCUUGGCCUUACCUUGUGGUGGAUGCCCAGCCUCGUGGAAAUCUAAGACUAGGAGGCCAAAUCUUGAUGGAAAUACAAAAAAUCUUGAUGGUAUUAGUCUUCAUGGUAGUGACCAGAUGAAAAACGAGGGGAGCUUCUUUAGCAACCUUUCCAGUAAAUCUGUCAACAUUGAUGCUUCGAGAAAGUUUGGGGGAUUCUGGACUGCAAAUGACAGUAGGCUUACUGAAGUUGAAGAAGAAAAGGCAACUGAAGUUGGCCAUAAACGUAAAAGCUUAUUUGGGAAGUCAGAAAGAGAUGCUCUUUAUGCUGAUUUGCUCGAGAAUACAAGAACAUCAAACAGUUCGAUUAACAGGAUUGCUGGCUCAACUGCGGGGGAGAACGAAGAUAUUGCCAAUAUUGAAGCUGAGGGUUCAACGUCGGGGCAAAUUUCACAUCAUGAUGAUAGGCUUGAUAGCUCCAAGCAAUGUGAUUCGGGUUAUGCAGAUUUAACCGGGAAAAGGAGGCUUAUCGUUUCUUCAGAUAAGGAAGCUAAAUUCGGGAACACUCAGUUUUCUGUUCCGUUCUUAGGCCAACCAGUAAACAUCUUAAACAUGCCUUACUUUGCACCUUUAAAAGAUUCUUCUAAUACUACUGGAACAGUUGGCGGGUCGAGUUUUCCAGUUCCCGGUAUAGUGCCAAUGAUGGCUGCCACAGGCACUGAGAGACCAGGAACCCGGUCUAUCAUACCUGCAAACAUGCCACCGAUGUUUGGAUAUUCUCCCGUGAUGUUGCCCUCAUUGGACAAGAAUAAUUCUUACGAUCCAAUUUCUCAUUUUCAACAUCAACAGUUUCACCAAUCUUAUACCAGAGGUCCUCUGAACAUAAAUAAGGACAACGAGAGCCUGAAGAUAUCCCAAGAUGUAGCUUCUCAAUCUUCCCAAUACAACGGGAAGGCAAUAGAACAAGUGAAAAGCAAUCAUGCCACGAAAGAAGGCUGUUCGUCGUCUUCUACGUAUGGGGAAGAAAACUCGAAAGGAAGCAACAUAAUUAUCUUCCCGGGAAAACGCCCGUCUGAGCAGCCUCAAACAGAUGGACUAUCGCCUUCUGAAUUCCCGCCUAUAAGGCUCGGGGCUGCUGCAGAUCUGAAAUUUGGAGGGUGCGGUUCCUCUCCAGACUUGCCCUGGGUUUCAACAACCGGUCCGAAUGGUAAAACAAUAUCGGGUGUCACAUACUGGUUUAGUCCUACUCAAAUCAAGAUUGUCUGUGCUUGCCACGGGCUACAUUUGUCCCCUGAUGAGUUUGUGCUUCAUGCCAGUGCCCCGAAAACCUCCCACGAGGUUGGAACCGGGGGCACGCCAUCGUUCCCGGGCAGCAAUUCUGCAGCCUCAGCCCAGAACUGAGCUCAGGGAGAACUGGGAAAUGAAGGUUUUCUACUUCAAACUAACCCACCCAGACAACACCUUUUUCUUCAUAUUACUAUGUAAAACUCUGCAUUUCUGUGCCCAGAUUCUUUAUCUCCUAUAAUCUAGCUAGUACCAGUAUCUGCAAUUGUAUAUGUAAUAUUUUUUUUUAAAAAUCAUGUCUAUUUGCAAAAUAAACCCUGAUGCAUUGAAUUGUGUAGUAGGAAUAAAGAGUUAUAAUCUGACUCAAAUACAUAGAGUACUAAAUUGUGUAGCAGGAAUAGAGAGUUAUAAUCUGACUCAAAUACAUAGAGUACUAAUAAGCAGGAAGCCCUCCUUUUGAAAAAGAAAAUAAGUAUGCAAUAUAUUUGGUCUGUUAUAUGGUUUUUG